UGCAGGUGACGCAUGACUACAAUGAGGGCUGUGGUCCUGUCAUGCCUCCUGCCGCUUCUGCUGUUGCUCGUGGGUGCAAGGGCGGCGCCGUUCCCCUUCGAGAGCCAGCUCCAGCGAGAAGUGACCAUCGGCCCUUCGUGCAUGGUGGAGAUCCUGCCGGUGCUCUGCAACACGCACUUCUACAACCCUUCGCCCGACGAGGAGCCCAGAAAUAUGCAGCGCGGGUACAGUUUAAGAUGCAGGGGAUCCGAAUGCCAGCCAGGUAACCUCAUGCGUGUGUACUGCAGUAACAACACAGCAGAUAUUCAACGAUUUAGAACUUCUGUUGACCAAAGACCCGUUGGUUUGCUGCCCGCUGCUAAUAACGCUUUUCCAGAGUGCGACAGGUACAUCGACAAGAGCAAAGCAAAAUCACUCAGUCAUUAUUGUCAGAAGAAACUAGACUGCAUCUGUGGCAGGUGCUGUUCCUCCGUCAACGUUGAGAUUCUUUUUAAACUGUACAAAUCAAAAGUUUCGCCCAUCUCAGUGGAAGAUAACACCCGAGACUGGAAGAUAGAAAACGUGAACCGGACGCCUUUCAUCAACUCUCCUUUGCAAAGCGAUGAAGUUGUCCUAGACCCGUGAUGGAAACAGAUCCUGACUUAUUUAAAUUAGUUGCAACAGUUUUUUUCGAUGAUUCUCUGACGUGAUUUAGAAAAUAAAAGAGAGACCCAGAUUAAUAGACGGUUAAAAAAAGGUAUUUCCUGAAAGAAGAAUUAUAUAUACAUACAUCCAUACAUCCAUCCAUCCAUCCAUAUAUAUAUACACACAAAAAUAUAUAUAUAUAUAUAUAACCUUGUUGGAACCAAGAGAAAGGGUUGUGUUUUACAGUGACCUGAUGAUGUGUGUAUUUGAAGCGACUGUUUCCUUAUGGUCUAAUAAAACUAUGGCUGUUACGUAUUGUGAAAGAACUGUGGAAAAAUGACAGACUGAAAAUCUAUACCGGUGUGAUACACUCAAUAAGACAUUGGCCAUGAAGAAAUGACAUGGCCAGAAUGAUAUUGCUCUGUGUAACCUGCCUUUGAAAAUGAAAGUGAGAAAAGUUAAAAAGAGAAAGAAAGAGAAUUCAGUUCAUGCAUUAACAGGGCUGAGGCCGAGGAGGGCAUAUAGUGACAUCCGCCCUUCGCUUCUAACCUCGAGGGUUCCUCUUGGAGUGCCACCAGAUGGGGGAUGGGUCACGUAGCAGAACCUCCAAAUACUCACAUCAAGAGAAUUCAUACCUUUAGCGGCCAGGCCAGUCCAUCUGCUGAUUCAUGCAUGGUCUGACAGCCUCGAGUUAUGAAUUACACUGUCGAAAGAGGUCAAGGCCUCGUGACUUCGACUUCCACUAUGAACCCUGGACAGAGAAGUUUGGAUAUUUUCCCGUUUGAUAACCCGAAUGAUGUUGGCGAUCUCUUGAGCUACAUCAUCGGCAUCAAUACCAGGUCCGGCGAUGGAAACACGUGAAGAAAGAAGCUGACUUCACUGGUGGUCUCAGCCAGCCGUGUAGAAAGCUCAAUCGUGGUAGUAAGUUUGGGAAAUGAUAUCUUUUUCGCAUAUAGGAGUGAAAACGACAGUGAGUAACACGAAACCAAACAAGUAACAGUCUCAUUAGCAUUAUCAAUUCAUCGAUCAAAGUUAUCUCCACGACCAGAGGUGUUCAUCGCUGCGAUCUGGUCUGACCUGUACCCGCCCUUACUGGUCAAACUGUUUCCAGGUCACAUGAAAGGGAACCACCACCACCCAUAGUCAACCCAGUCUCCUCGAAAGUAGUGGCAGUUGUCUAAACUAUCGCGAGGAGCUGAUGUCGCGAGUCCCAACCUCCCUGGAUGGUUCGUCUUGGGUUAAUCCUCAGGUGGUCGGGCUGGACGUCACCCGGUCGCCCUCCUUGACAUCAGCCCUCCAGAGCUGGCGGUGUAGCCCUCCAGAAUGGGCGGCGCAACCCUCUAGAAUGGGCGGCGCAACCCUCUAGAAUAGGCGGCGCAACUCUCUUGAGUGGGCGGCGCAACUCUCCUGAGUGGGCGGCGCAACUCUCCUGAGUGGGCGGCGCAACUCAAAGGCAUAUUAUAUGGAACACUGAUAUUGCCUACUGUGAAACCCAGGACAUGUUUCAUAUAAUGUAAAAUGAAUUAUUAGCUUCAAAGUCAAUAUUCAUCUUUAGCAUUUGUUAUUUUCUUGGGGGGAAGGUAAGGUGUAAAGAUAUAUAUAGUCUUUAAUUAUUAUUAUUAUUAUUAUUAUUAUUAUUAUUUUCAUUAUUAUUAUCGUUUAGAAACCUGUUUAGAUUAUUUGAAAAUAUUUGAUGCUAGAAAUCAUAAUGUUUCACUCACUUAAUCCAGACACUGAAGUUGCACUUUUCUUAGGCACUGUUACUUAAACCGACACGGGGUUGUUUUCAAACUUCCCUUUGUCAUUAGGAUAAAAAACAAAACAAAACAAAAAACAAAUAGUCAUGUGUGUCUUUGAAAGCUAAUACACAUUAUAGGAUUUUUUCUUAAUCCUCCAGUAAAGAGCAUUAGCCAAGGUUAUUAUACCGUGAAUCCACAGGGAUAUUUGGUAAUACUCCAUUCUUAUUUAUGAAAACGUAGGACGUGAAUUCUGAUGAUAAAACCUACUGAAGGGAAGAACUCACACACAGUCAAGACACACAUACCUCUGUGUGCUGCUUCGGCCGCACCUCAUUGUUCUCCAGAUUUAGGAAUAAAUUGACAAUGAAUAUUCUGUCCAAAUAUAAUACUGUAUCCAUGCAAGCCUAUUAGAAAUGUUAAGUUGUGUAGCCUCAACUCACAAAUACAAAUAUAUGUAAACGUGCAUGUAAUUUUACCACAUGCAUAUGUAAGUAUAUUUAUAUGUAAAAACACAUGUACACACACAUAUACAUACAUACACAUGUUUAUAUUAUUAUUUUUUUCUUCCUCUGUCUAUCCUUCUCUAUUUUCCUCUCUUUCUUCUUAGUUCCUUUUCACUUCUUUCGUUUAACUCCCAUCAUAAAGUUUCUCCUUUAUUCUCCUUCUCUUUAUUCAUAUUUCUGCUUUAUUUUCCCGUCUCCAUCUUUACACUCUCCUUCCUUAUGUCUCUUCUGUCGUGAUCCCUCUCUUCCAUUUUCCCUAUUCCAUUUUCCGUCUCCUCCUUCCUUCUCCACUUUUCUCCCCUUUUUCCACCUUCCCCCCCUUCCUCUCUUCCUUCACUUCCACCUUCG